CGGCCGCGGCGGCUGCGGGCGGGGUGGGUCGCGUUGGUCCCCUGCCGGCCGGAGCGGCGGCAGCGGCGCGGGGCAGCAUGAGGGAACCGCUCGGGCUUGCUGACUUAAGGAAUGCUGAGGGACGUUCACUGCUAAAGCCACCAGCCCAGGGAAGGACAGUGAUGGGCCCUGCCACCACGAUGGUUCUAGCAGCUGAGCUCUGAUGAAGCCAGUGCACCAUGUACAGCGUGGAAGAUCUCCUGAUUUCUCAUGGAUACAAACUGUCCAGAGACCUCCCAGAGCCACGUGAGGAUGAGGCUGAGGGGCGCCAGCAAGCACGGGCAAGGACGAGGGCUGGCCACGGCCUGCUGAAUGGGUGUGACGAUGGCCCUGCAGCCUUGGCACAGAGCAAGACGUCCCUGGGGAAGGGACAUGUGAGUGACUCCAAAAGCUGCCGCAGCACACCGAGAGGCCACGGGGAGCCCCAGAGUGCGUCUUCUUUGAGAACUUCUGAGGCAGGGUUUUAUGAUCCACCCAUCUCAGCAUGGUCCUCUCAGCCUCAGACCCGUAAUGACCAGGCCUAUUGGAGAAGAGGACAGGAGGUCAGUAGCUUGCUGAGUCCAAGGGACCGAGAAGAUCUGGAGGGCAGAGGAAUGGCCCAAGCCCACAGUCUGCCCCUCUACAUGAGGGAGGGUCCAUGGGAAGUCGGAGCAAGGACAGAGAAUGUGAUGAUGAAGGCAGUUUGGGAAGAAGAGCUGAGAAUGUCAGGUCCUGCCAAAUGGCAGAAUGUAAGCCUCGAGAGCUGGAGCCAGCCAAGGAAAUUAGGGAGGCAGAUGUCUGAUGGUGGUGGGGAGAAACUGUUUCAAGAUCUGUGCCCAUUCACUCAAGGAGAACCUGUGUUGAAUCCUCAAAACAAAAGCAAAUCCCAGUCGUUGCCUAGAGGUCUUUCCCCUGAGAGCCUGGGUUGCACAGAAAUUCCCAUUCCGUUAAGUGAUGGACAUGUACCCGUGGUUGUUAAAAUGCCCCUGCAUCCUCCAAAUUGUGCUGCAGAUUUGCAAUCCACCAGUAACCUUGAGAAGGGUAGCUCCUUGGCUCCCUUGCCCCGGCCGAAGUUUGGGAGACCCCUCAAGCCUCCAUCUUAUGGCUCACACCAACAUUUCAGGGGCGGGGCCGAAAACUGCGGCUCUCAGGACAGUGUACACACGGAUCCAUAUGCUCUCUGUUUCGCCAAAACUCGUGAACCCAGGCAUGAGCCCUGUGUGUCAGACUCUGGUUUGGAACCUCCCAUGUAUGUGCCUCCACCGUCAUACAAGUCACCCCCUGAGCACAUCCCAAACCCCUACCUAGAAGAUCCAGUGCCCAGACCCGUGUGUGGUGGUCGUGGUCAGCAGCACCUGCCUGAGGCCAGUGCCAGUGGUCAGCCUCCCUCAGGUGCCCUUGGAACUGGGGAUGACUACGGCACAAGCCCACUCUCUCCUCAAGGGUUCCCUCCACGCUCCCGUCCUGCUGCUGCUUACGACGGCUUUGUACAGUACAUUCCCUUUGACGAUCCACGGAUACGACAUAUUAAACUAGCUCAACUCCAGGGUUUCUGUGAACAAACAAAGCUUGAUGACAAGCUGUAUAACUCUGGUCCUGUCACCCCCCAAGAACCUGCUCAUGGAAAAAUGCAACAUGAUGGUGCCCUUUUGAAUCCACAGGGCCUGAUCCCCCCGUCAGGGAAUGAGAGAGGCCCAGCCUUUGCUGAUCUCAGCCCCCGGUGGCUGUGGGGCCAGCCCCCCAGGGAUAGAGAAAACGAUGGCAUCCCUGACCAAAGAGACCCCUAUGUUGAGAGAGGACAGAGGCGUGACAUGAGAUGCAGCCAGCACGGUCCUGCGGAAGGCCAAGCUUCCUCCCCAAACCCACGGAGCAGGAGGAGUACCUGCGAAACUCGAACCAAGCUCAAAAAAUUCGAAGCUGGGAUCCAGACCAAGAAAAGUUCAAAGAAAAAAGUAAAUGAGACUAUAUUUUGUUUGGUUUCCAUCCCAGUUAAAUCAGAAUCCCAUCUGCCAGAUAUAGAUACGAACAACAAUGACUUAAAACAGAGUGCUGACCCGAAGAAUGGGUGUGAUAAGAGCACCGCUCUGCGAGAACAGAGUCUGCUGAGCACGUCCUCCACCGACCUGGAGCUGCAGGCCCUCACAGGAAGCAUGGCCGGGAGAGCAGAGUUCCCCAAACAAGAGCUGGGGGAGCCAGAAGAAAACAAACGAGCAAAUGACCUCGGACUCAUUCACCUUACAAAACACAGGGAACUCAAGUCUUCUGGCUCUUGGCCAGAGCACCAGUAUAGAGAUCAGCAAACACAAACCAGUUUUCCUGAAGAAUCCAAAAGCUCAAAGCUCCUCCCUGUUGCAGAGCUGGGGGGUCCCCGUAAUGCAACACUGAGUCCCAAGUCCUUAGACCUUGCUGCCCCCGAAGCACAGGCGCACACAGCCUUCGCCUCCAGGGACCAGAAACAGAGGCCAGAUGCUCAUAACCUGAAAGGUCAAGUGUCCCUCAGUCCCUCCAGCACCAGUGCUUUUUCCAGGACUUCCUCAUGCGCAAAUCAGGCACCCGUGCCAAAAGCGGGCCCAGGUCAGCCCUGCGUGGAUGUCCCCAGACACAGAGCCAGUCCUGUGCCUAAGCCGGAGGUGGUGAAGGGAGAGACAACGGGCCCGUGCAACAGUCAGCAGCCGUUCGGGCAGUUCCUUUUGAAGCCAGUGAGUCGUCGUCCCUGGGAUUUGAUAAGUCAGUUAGAAAGUUUUAACAAGGAGCUUCAAGAAGAAGAAGAAAGCAGUCAUAGCAGCAGUGACGGCAGGGAGGAGAGUGAGGCAGAACAGCAGUGGGGGGACUGUGCUGACCCUAGACCCACGAACUUGGGCUUCUGUGCAAACAGCCCGGAAAGAAGGGUUGAGCAACAGCUGAGGAUGCUGGAGCCGGAGAACCCUGUGUUCAGGUCGGACAGAGUUAAAAGUGAGUCUUGGAGCUGGGGUGAGGAGCGGAAACCCGGCCACCCGCGUGCCCACUCUCAAUCCCCAGGCCCAGUGCAGGUGGAAGAGAGCAGAGGUCACUCUUUGCAGACUGCAGAUGUUCGCUGGAUUGCAGAGGUUGGCAAUGGAAUGAAUGCACUAGCGGUCAGCCCAGUUCCUUUGAAAAGAAUGAUGUCAAGAUCAAGGGACACAAAACCAGUCCCCCCAUCCUAUCUGGAUGAACCGAGGGAGCCACAGGAAAGUCAGACACUCACCAGUGCUGUAAGUUCUGUGAAUCUGAGCAAAGUGGUCCCUCCAGAGGUUGAUAGUGGGCAAGAGAGGGGCACAGUGGUCCCACUGGCCCUUACUAGCAAAAACCGAGGACUCUCGGCACCAGACUUGCGGUCCGUGGGGCUUACAGUGGAACAAGAGCAGGGUGCCAGUAAGUUUGAUGGGUAUCUGGGUGAAUCAAGUGCCACAGAAAUCCCCCCAAGUGAGUCCCUGCAAGCCAGGGCUGCAAGGAUCCUGGGCAUUGAGGUGGCUGUGGAGUCCCUCCUGCCAGGUGCCAGGAGAGCAGGACAGAGCCACCCUCCCAAGCCAGAGGCAAGUGCCUGCAGCCCAGAGUCACCCAGGGAAGAGCCACUACCUAGCUCAGCACCGUCAGAUGGACCUCCAGAAUCCACCGAUGCCUUUUAUGGUAGGAGGAAGUGUGGCUGGACCAAAAGCCCUCUCUUUGUAGGGGAAAGAGACAGUACCAGGUGGGCUCCCCAGGCUUCUGAGCAUUCAGGCGAGGAUGGUGUCAUCUCCGGCAAAGCCUCUAGCCCUGAGCCUCAGCCCGACCCUUCAGAGUCCAAGUCCUUCAAUCAAAAGGAUGUGGGGACAACACCCCCCUUCAGGUCCACUUUGUUCCAUUUUAUAGAAAAGAGCCCAAGUGUGGCAGGCUCCGAAAAGAGGCUCAGAAGCCCUUCCAAGGUGAUUGAAAGUUUACAAGAGAAACUGGCUUCCCCUCAGAGGAAAGCAGACCCUGACCGCUUGAUGAGGAUGAAGGAGGUGUGUUCUGUGUCCCGCAUGAGAUUCCUGAGCUUCAGGAACUCUGACUCCCUGGAGGAGGCCGAGGAAGCACAUGCCACGUGGGGCCAGGCCUGGCAGCCAGGAGGCCAGGUCUCCCUGAGCGGUGGGAAGCGGGCCCGGAGACUCAGGCACUCGCUCUCUUUCUCCAAGGACAUCAUCUCGAGGGAAGAAAACAGGCAACUGGUGGCACAAAGGGAGAAGAAGAAGGACGUUGAUCCAGACUUCUGGUGCCCAGAUUCAUAUGACCCUAGCAGAGUGGAGAGGGUCUGAUGAAAUGCUAAUGGAACUUGGGACCAUGUUAGCUUACUAAUUAAAUGUUCUCUGAUGUAGUCUGUCAGCCCAGCUUGCCCACGUACAAGUUGGAAACUGCUGGUUUUUAGUGUACUGACACAUCCUUUGCCACUGCCACUAGGACACUUGUCAUCCCUCCAGAACUGCUUUGUGGAGAUAAAGCAAUAGUACUUUGAAACCAUCUGAUUUUACAGCAUGAAGAUUUAAUGCUGAUAUUCAGAAGAGAGUUUUCACUUAAGCUCUCCUUCAUGACGGAUUUGGCCAGGCUGGUAAACAGUUUGGUGUUGAUCAGGUUCUGUGUGAGAAUUUAAACGUGGAAGAUCUAGCAAAUGAUUUUGGAAAGACCGUGAAUGUCAAAUUCCCCUUUGCAUUGCCAUAGCCUGUGGGUCCAUGAUUAUGUUAGGGAGUUUGAGACACAGGCAACUGCCCAGUGUUUCAGCACUUUCAGAUUAGGGGAAAUGUGAAUGAAUAUAUGUGAUCCACCUCUAGUCAAUUUGGUCUUCUGCUCCUGGGAAGUAACUCUGUUUAUAAGUAAUUUGCCAUCAGAGGAUAAAAGCAAUAUCUCUUAAGUUCCUGAAAGAUUAAAACAUGUACUGUAAUAUACUAAGAGUAUUAUUUAUCUGGCAAUGAAAUACUUUGAGCGUAUGCAAACAUGCCAUUGUCUGCUUUGCACUCAGUAUUAAUCUAUUUUUAUUUUCUGUAUGGAUAUUUAGAAAUUCUUUAUAUGAAAAAUAAUUGCUGGUUUAAAAUAGACCAUUUUAACAAAGUAACUAUAUUUCUUUUUACAAAAAUGCUAUUUUUCUAUGAUGUAAACAAUUGUUAGGUGGCAGAUUUUUAAGGAAGAAGUAUUAUUUUAUUUAAGAGUCUGUAUCCCUUUGUGUGAGAGGAACUCAAAGAGGGUUCACUUGUGUUUUAAAGCAUCUGUCCCUUACCCAUUCACAACUCUGCUACUUCUGUUUUAUUUUAGAAAAUGUCAAUAUAGCAUAUCACGGUUUUAAUAAAAUAAACUUUUCACAAAGAUCUUUUUGUUUUUCAAAUGUAGCUAUAAGGUUAUAUUUGAAAAUAACCCUCUCAAAACCAGCCAACAUCUUUACAACAAUUUUUGCUGCCAUAUCAACUAGAAUUACCAAAAAACAUAGUUUCAUCUUUGUCUGUGAGGAUCUGCCCCGAGACCGUACUUUUCUCCUACCCCUACCCUGCCCCUUUAAAAGAAAUAGGUAUUUUUAUUUAGAAUGAUACUGAGUCUUUGCAUAUUUUUUUAAAGUGCUUGGAGACGUUAUAUAUAGAUAUACGGCAUUCCAAAUUAUUAUGAGGCCUAUGUAUUCUGCUGUGUUUAAUACUGCAUCAACCUGCACAAAGUUUAUGCAUUUUUUAUGCAUCUGCCCUUUUUUUCUAAGUGAGGUAAUCUUGUUAGCUAACAUUUCCUGAAUGCUUUCUUGUUUCCCUCUCCCCUUUCCUUCUUUCCUUCCUCCUUUCUUCCUCUCCUUUUUCCCCCUUUAUUUUUUCCUUCUCUCUCUCUUUUUUUUUGAGAAACCACCUUAUCUACUUUUAGACAUUUCAAAUUCCUAAAAUGUGAAUCGUUGGGUGGUCUGUCCUUUGGCCCUAAAAUGACUGCCUGGGCUUUCCUGGCCUGUUCUUAUCUGUACCAUAUGGUUUUAUUUCAUGAGAACUCCAUGUCUUUGGAUUACAACAAACAAAACAAAAUCCAAAUAACCCUAAAAAAUCUUUUCAAAUGCACUUAUUGGCAGUCUUGGUUCUCACCUAUUACUCAUAGUCAGCUCUUUCCAGGAUUCGGUUGUUAAGAAAAGUUAUAGUAGCCUCGCGUUUUCAGAGCAGCAGUAAGAUGGGCCACAUCUCUUCCCAGGAAAAAUUUAGUAGGGAAGAGGUGGUCACCCUGUUAUGGCUGUGGAAUCAUUCAAAUCAUCUGGUGGAACUAAAUGAAGGCUGAACCGGCUGGAGGUUUGGGGUCGUACUUCCCUCUUUAAAUGCAAAUGAAAGAAGGUAUAUGUAUAUAUGCAUAUACAUAUAUAUACAUGUACAUAUGCACACAUAUGCAUACAUAUACAUAUAUAUUAACUCUGUUCUGACUUCCUCUUAAAUUUUGUUAACACCACCUAAAGACUUCUUUACUCAAAAUAAUUAAAUUUUAGCUUAUUCCUCAAAAGAAAGAGGAGUCUCAAGAAAACGAAUUAUUGUACCUUAUGUAUAUCUCAAGCAAACCAAAAUAUGAUGCUCUACUGUUUCGUUUUAUUCUAAAUUAUUGUAGCAUAUCUUUC